AUGGAGUUCUACUUGGAGAUCGAUCCUGUCACCUUAAACCUGAUCAUCCUGGUUGCGAGCUACGUCAUCUUGCUCCUGGUGUUCCUCAUCUCCUGUGUGCUGUACGACUGCCGAGGCAAGGACCCCAGUAAGGAGUAUGCGCCAGAGGCCACUCUCGACGCCCAGACCGCUAUCCGCCUGGUGGUGAUGCAGCAGAGUGCUCCUGGCGCCCACUGGGCAAGAGGACCCAGCCUCCAUUUGGGGGAUUCUGCUCUGCUAGGGAAGAAAAGCACCGUGGUGUGAGGCUGGCAUAGGACACUGGGGAGGGACCACUAGACUUUCAACAGACAACAAACCAUUUCCUACGGUGGCUCCAAUUCUG